AUGCUUGUGAUCCCCUGGCUCUUCUGCGUCUAUCAACUAGUUGUUGUCCCUCUUGGACGGCAAAAGCGGGUCAAAUAUACUCUCAAUGAGCAGACCGCCCCAAAGGUGGUCGUGGUCAUGCCGGUCUACAAGGAGCCACCGGACUCUCUGUGGACAGCACUGAAUUCGGUAGUCAGCUGCGACUACCCUGCUGCGUGCAUCCACGUGUUUGUCUCUUUCGACGGAGACGACAUUGACGAGCUUUACCUGAAGACAAUCGAUCGACUAGGCGUGCCAGUUACAUUGAAGGACUUUCCCAAAUCCAUUGAUGUGGCGUAUAAUGGGGCCCGAGUCACCGUGUCGAGGUUCCCCCACGGGGGCAAGCGACAUUGUCAGAAGGCGACCUUUCUCCUCAUCGACAAGAUCUACAAACGAUACCUUCAGGAGAAGGACGACCUCUUCAUUCUGUUCAUCGACUCGGACUGCAUCCUGGAUCCUGUGUGCAUACAGAACUUUAUGUACGACAUGGAACUCAGACCCGGGAGUAAACACAAUAUGCUGGCGAUGACUGGUAUUAUCACGUCUUCCACAAAGAAGCAUUCGUUCAUCACCUUGCUGCAGGACAUGGAGUAUGUUCACGGGCAGCUGUUUGAAAGAUCUGUUGAAUCAGGUUGUGGAGCCGUUACAUGUCUGCCGGGAGCCCUGACUCUGCUUCGAUUUUCGGCCUUUCGAAACAUGGCACGGUUCUAUUUCUCGGACAAGGCGGAAGAGUGCGAGGAUCUCUUUGACUACGCCAAAACACAUCUCGGCGAAGACCGGUGGCUAACACAUUUGUUCAUGCUCGGUGCCAAACAGCGGUAUCAGAUCCAAUUGAGUACCAGCGCCUUUUGCAAAACCGAGGCGGUCCAAACAUUUCGAUCUCUACUCAAGCAGAGGCGUCGGUGGUUUCUAGGGUUUAUCACCAAUGAAGUUUGCAUGUUGACAGACGGCCGUCUGUGGAGGAAGUAUCCCAUGCUCUGCUUUCUUCGCUUUGCCACUGUUAGCAUUCGAACGACGGCCCUCCUUCUGUUGAUCACCAUUAUCGCGAUAUCAAGCACUUCCACACGGGUGGACUCGUUGCCCUGGGAGUUCAUGUGCAUCUCGUGCGGCUUGAACUGGUUGCUUAUGUUUUACUUUGCCAUCAGGCUGCACCGCUGGAAAGCUGCUCUGUAUCCGAUGAUGUUUAUGCUCAACCCGUUCUUGAACUGGGUUUAUAUGGUGUAUGGUGUCUUCACUGCAGGCCAAAGAACUUGGGGCGGGCCGAGGGCAGAUGCAGGAGCAGCAGACGCAAAGGUAACACCCCAACAGGCAAUCGAACAUGCCAUCGCCACCGGAGACGAUUUGAAUAUUGUUCCAGAAACCUUUAAGCCCGCUAUUGAAUUCCGUCGGCGCCGCACCCGACCUUCAGCACUCCAGCCGUCGUCCAGCGUCGAGGGCCGCUUCUUUUCUGCAGAGCAAGAGCCUGGACCGAUGCCGGACCAUGAAAUGGCCUCACCCACACCAUCGCAUGUCAAUUUCAACACACAGCAACAUCGAUACGAGCAUGAAUCUCUUGACAUGAGCGAUUCGGAUAGUUUGUCGGUACACACGCCUAAAUGGAUCAAUAGCUUCAGCGAAGACAAUGAGAAAAGGCAUCGGCCAAGUCGAGCAGUUGAUAUGGAGUCAAGACCGAGGAGCAUGGUCGCAGACACUCGGCGAUUCCUGGGAGAAGGUCACUUGGCAACACGUAACACGGCAGGAGUUAUCCCAGUCUUGCAAGGUUCGAGAGACAUGUUCACGUUUGCAGAACACGGCGACAGUCGGCAAGAAGCGGCGAGAAACCACGAGAGUGACAGCCGAAGUCCCCUGGGGCGAAACAGUCCCAUGAUGGCUGCUUCUGUGGAAGAAGAUUUCUCUGGUAUGGACGGAAAAGAGGACAUGGAGGACAUAGGAAAGGUCAAGCGACAGUCGUUGAAAAAGCAGCGGUUACGGAAGAGAAGUCCAAGUCCAGGGAGAAUGGUGUAA